GCGUUUGUGCACCGGCAUCCCUCCCCCUCUUUCCCGAACCUAUCUCCAGGUCCCAGCGACACUGUAACGUCUCCCUAUCAGGUGAUAACGGAACUUCUGCAACUUGAGCCGGGGUCGGAGUGAAGACCGUGAGAUAGACAGCUUUCAAAAAACAUGGGGUAAUAGUGUACCGGGAAACCUUCCCUGUCUUAUCUGGAAAACGCGUCCCGUUGGCGUUGGGCAGUGAGAGAAGUGACGAUCGGCGCUUUAUAUAGACCUGGCGGGAGAACGUUGCGCCUGCCGCCAUGCAUCAGUGUUCUUACCUGCGGUGUCCCCCAUUCAGAGACGUUGGAAAUCUUUGAACAGCCAAUUGACAACAUGAUUUUUGGCAGCCUUGCCUUCGCGGCACGCCAUGAGCGGACGCCAGAGGAGAGGAAGCUUGUCAGGAGAUUGGACAUCUUCUUAAUGACAUUCGGUUGCAUUUCCCAGGUCAUCAAAUACCUCGACCAGACAAACAUCAGCAACGCCUACGUCUCAGGCAUGAAAGAAGACCUCAACCUUUACGGCAAUGAGCUCAACUACUUCACAACGUACUUCAACGUCGCCUACUGCAUCAUGCUCAUCCCCUCCCAAAUCAUCCUGACCUACGUGCGACCGAGCUACUGGCUCUCUGGCCUCGAGGUCCUAUGGGGCAUCAUCACAGGCAUGAUCGCCCUCGCCAAGAACGCGCAACAGGUAUACGCGCUCCGCGUCCUACUUGGUCUCUGCGAGAGCAGUGCCUGGCCCGGCAUGAUGACUCUUCUGAUGCACUGGUAUACCCCGUCCGAGUUAGCCAAGCGCAUGGGUUUCUACCACUCGUGCCAGGCGGUGGGCUCCAUGAUGUCGGGCGCGUUGCAGGUUGCCAUUAGGAGCUCCAUGCAUGGACUACACGGUAUGGCCGGUUGGCGCUGGCUUUUCGUCGUGAAUGCCAUCAUGACCGUAUGCGUCGGCGCUGCGGGUUUCUUCCUUCUUCCCGAUACACCCAAUAACCCCAACCCCCGCGCGUUCUGGUUCAAGAAGGGACACGCUGAGCUUGCUAUGGAGCGGCUGGAGCGCCAUGGUAAAGCAGAGCCCAAGAAGAUGACAUGGGCCGCUGCCAGGCGCGCAUUUAAGAGUUGGGUAAUCUAUUUCGUACCCAUUCUGUAUAUUGCGACUGUCCUCCUGUCGUAUGGCAACAACUACUUCGGUCUGUUCCUAAAGGCCUUGAAGAAUCCGGAUGGAACCCCCAGAUGGUCAACGUCCGAGGUGAAUGCGAUUCCCAUCGGUGGAAGUGCGAUCAAUGUUGUGUUUGUCUGGAUAUGGGCAAUCUUGUCGGACUUGUUCAUGACAAGAUGGACUCUCAUCGUUGUUCAGGCUGUAAUUGGCAUCGCAUGCUGCAUUGCGAUGAGUGUCUGGUCCUCACACCCAACCACAACACCGCUCGCCACAGCCUACGCGUCCAACUUCAUCCUCUUUACGGCAAUGGGAACCGCGCCUCUCAUCUUUGCAUGGUUGGCUGACAUCCUGCCCCACGACCCCGAGGCGAGGACUCUCAUCGUCGGAGUCGCCAUUGCAGGAUACUAUGCCAUCUCCGCCUGGUCGCAAGUUCUGGUGUGGCCAGCCACUCAAGCACCGUAUUACAAGUAUGCAUGGCAGUCAGCCAUUGCCAUCGGUGUCCUCGUCAUUAUCAUGACGUGCGUGCUUCGUUACAUUGAUGCAAAGCAUCUCGAGCCCAAGAGGGAGCAAUUCAGAGCUACUGUCAUUGAGGCUGCAGUGGCGGGUGACAGGGAUGCGGCGGAGUCGAUUGCCCGUGAUUCCGUCGACCGGAAAGUGAAGUCAGCUGCUAUUGUACCAGAAGUCUGAACAUGUGUCACUUGCUGGGGUGGGGUAAGCUCUAGACAUUAGAACCCCGAGUCCUCUCAAUGUUGGCUUUGUUGUGCUUUGACGACUGUGACUACAAUAGAUAUGAAGCGCUAGAGAUAGAUUUGGCUCAAACAUAUUGUGCUUCAUCCCACUUGAAUGUACCAAUUCCCUGUCAGAUUGUUCGGUCAUGAACGUGCCCUCCUGAAUUUUACCAAAUAUGAUCAGGAGUUUCCAUC